AUGCUGACAUUAGAUCUGGAUGCUGAGAUUAGAGCUGCACAAGAAAGACGUAAGAACCAGCAAUUGAAGUCCCGUCGCUCUGCUACAAACGAUGCUUUAUAUGAUUCGGAUAUAUACGGCACAAAUCCUGAUGCUGAUGCUUAUCUGGAUUCUCUUCCCAUGGGCGACCUUGCCGAUGAUGACGUUGAUUCAAUGGCUAAUGCAGGACAAAAAAAGCUGUCUUCAUACACUGCACCAAAGGAAGCGUAUGCAGAUGUUCUUGGUGCUGAGUCAGAUACCGUCGAUCCUCUGAUGGCUGGUGUUCAAUCCCGCCGUAUUAUUGAUAGAGAGGACAAGUAUAGAGCACAAAGACUUAAUCGGCAAUUAUCGCCUGAACGAGUAGAUGCAUUUGCUGCUACCUCAAAAACUGCACCUACUUCCAUUGCUGAUACCAGCAAUGGCUCUGGAACUGGAUCUUCUCGCUCUUAUGUUGAAGUCAUGCGUGACAACGAGCUUGAUCGAGAGCGUGAACAGACACUGCGCAAGAUCCAUGAAAAACAAAAGGAAGAGUCCGAGAUGCGCACUCAAUGGGAGGACGAUGAAAAAUCUAAAGAUGCAAUGAGCGGAACCACUGCUGCAUCCGUGUCUUCUCAGCGAUGGGAUGAAACUCCCGUCGCGGCUUCUAAUGACUCGACUGUAGCUGUGCCUCGUAAGCGCAAUCGCUGGGAUGAAACUCCUGUUAAUGCUUCGACAGGUGAAUCAACUACUUCAAACUUUGAUGCGACUCCCACUGCUGAUAAACGAUCUAGAUGGGAUCAAACUCCGGUUAAUUCGACUCAAUUUGGUGCUACUCCUGUUGGAAAUAGUGGUAUGAUGACACCAACUGCCAGUCAGGUGUUUGUACCCAUGACUCCCGAAGCAAUGAAUUCCAUGCGUUGGGAAAAAGAAAUCGAGCAACGCAACAGAUACUUGACAGAUGAGGACAUUGAUGCCAUUUUGCCUACUGAAGGGUAUGUGGUUUUGGAUGUUCCAGUAUCAUAUGUUCCUAUUCGAACUCCCGCUAGAAAACUCAUGGCUACUCCAACCCCCAUGGCAGGAUCUGGAGGUUUUAUGAUGCAGGAAGAAGACAACUCGCUUCGCAAUGAGUUGCCUCCUGAAAUUCCUGGUAUGGUCGGUCUUCAAUUCUUCAAGGCAGAGGAUAUGCAGCAUUUUGCAAAAUUGCUGGACAAAAAGGACGAUUCUGAAUUAUCUAGCGAGGAAGUCAAAGAGCGCCGUAUCAUGCGACUUUUGCUCAAAAUCAAAAAUGGUACUCCACCAAUCCGUAAAGCAUCUCUUCGCCAAAUUACAGACAAGGCUCGCGAGUUUGGUGCAGGUCCUCUGUUUAAUCAAAUUUUACCUCUGCUCAUGUCACCAUCACUUGAAGAUCAAGAGCGCCAUUUGCUUGUCAAAGUUAUUGAUCGUGUGCUAUACAAACUUGAUGAUUUGGUUCGACCCUAUGUGCACAAGAUUCUUGUGGUGAUUGAACCUUUGCUGAUUGACGAAGAUUACUAUGCACGUGUAGAAGGUCGCGAAAUCAUUAGUAACAUGAGCAAGGCUGCUGGUCUUGCUACCAUGAUUGCUACAAUGCGACCCGAUAUCGAUCAUGUGGAUGAAUAUGUUCGUAAUACCACUGCUCGUGCAUUUUCAGUUGUGGCAUCUGCAUUGGGAAUACAUGCUCUUCUUCCCUUUCUCAAAGCCGUCUGUCACUCAAAAAAGUCAUGGCAGGCACGACAUACUGGCACAAAAAUUGUUCAGCAAAUUGCCAUUCUUCUUGGCUGUGCCAUUCUUCCACAUCUGCGCAAUCUGGUAGAAGCUAUUGGUCGUGGGCUGGAAGAUGAACAGCAAAAAGUCAAAACAAUUGCAGCGUUGGCCAUUGCAGCUCUGGCUGAGGCUGCAACUCCAUAUGGUAUUGAAUCUUUUGACUCUGUGAUCCAACCUCUUUGGGAUGGUGUAAAAAAACAUAGAGGAAAGGGUCGCGCAGCGUUCUUGAAGGCCAUUGGAUACAUUAUUCCUCUGAUGGAUGAACGCUAUGCUAACGAGUACACCAAAGGAAUUGUACCAACACUUAUUGCCGAGUUUUCUUCUCCAGAUGAAGAGAUGAAAAAGAUUGUACUCAAGGUUGUCAAGCAAUGUGUUGGAACAGAUGGUGUGGAUCCAGCAUAUAUCAAAACAGAAAUUCUACCAGAAUUUUUCCGAAAUUUCUGGGUACGUCGCAUGGCGCUGGAUCGACGCAAUUACAAGCAGCUGGUGGAAACAACGGUUGAGAUUGCUCAAAAGGUUGGCGUGACUGAAAUUAUUGGACAUAUUGUUGAAGGGCUCAAGGACGAAUCAGAGGCGUAUCGUAAGAUGGUGAUGGAAACUAUUGACAGUGUGGUACAAACUCUUGGCACAGCUGACAUUGACGACCGACUUGAGGAAGUGCUGAUUGAUGGUAUCCUGUAUGCGUUUCAAGAGCAAACUAUGGAGGAUGUCGUCAUGCUGAAUGGGUUUGGCACUGUAGUCAAUUCACUCGGUCUACGUGUAAAGCCAUAUCUUCCCCAGAUCUGUUCUACUGUAUUGUGGAGGCUGAACAACAAGAGCGCCAAAGUGCGACAGCAGGCUGCUGAUUUGAUCUCACGUAUUGCAAUUGUAAUGCGUACUUGUGGAGAGGAGAAAUUGAUGGGCCAGCUUGGUGUUGUUUUGUACGAGUAUUUGGGUGAAGAGUAUCCCGAAGUAUUGGGCUCCAUACUCAAAGCACUCAAAUCCAUUGUUAAUGUGAUUGGUAUGAGCAGCAUGACACCCCCAAUCAAAGAUUUAUUGCCUCGACUGACUCCUAUUCUCAAAAACCGACAUGAAAAGGUGCAGGAAAACUGCAUCGAUCUUGUUGGUCGUAUUGCUGACCGUGGUGCCGAAUUCGUAUCUGCUCGUGAGUGGAUGCGAAUCUGUUUUGAGCUUCUUGAUAUGCUCAAGGCACAUAAAAAGGGUAUUCGCCGAGCUACCGUCAACACAUUUGGAUACAUUGCUAAAGCCAUUGGCCCCCAAGACGUGCUAGCCACCUUGCUUAACAAUCUUAAAGUGCAAGAGCGACAGAAUCGUGUGUGUACCACUGUAGCAAUAGCGAUUGUAGCGGAAACAUGUGCGCCAUUCACGGUCUUACCAGCUUUAAUGAACGAAUAUCGACUGCCAGAGCUCAAUGUGCAAAAUGGUGUUCUUAAAUCCAUGUCGUUCUUGUUUGAAUAUAUUGGCGAGAUGGGCAAAGACUAUAUAUACGCUGUGACACCACUUUUAGAAGACGCAUUGAUGGAUCGCGAUUUGGUGCAUCGCCAAACAGCAUGCGCUACUGUCAAACACAUCAGUCUGGGUGUUGCUGGUCUUGGAUGUGAAGAUGCACUGAUUCAUUUGCUCAAUCUGGUUUGGCCCAAUAUUUUCGAGACUUCACCGCAUGUUAUCAAUGCUGUCAUGGAUGCGAUUGAUGGCUUACGCGUGGCUCUUGGACCAGGCAUUUUACUGCACUACACACUUCAAGGAAUGUUCCACCCAGCACGGCGUGUUCGUGAAAUCUAUUGGAAAAUCUACAAUUCACUGUAUAUUGGCUCACAAGAUGCAUUGAUUCCCAUGUAUCCACGUAUUGAUGACGAUAAGCGAAAUAAGUACGAACGUCGCGAAAUGGACUAUGUACUUUGA